ACUCACUCAACACACACGGCCCAUUUAACACACGCCAAGAGAAAACAAAAAUCCCCGUAAUCCUAAUCCAGUUCCAGCCCUCCUCCCAUUUGAAGACGCCAUGUAAACAUAGAAAGGAAAACGGGUAACAGACAUGAGAAACGUAACAAAGGCAAAGCAAGCAUGAGCUCUCAGCUCUUAACUUCUCCUCCACCUUUCACCAUCCCAACACCAAAACCCCACUCCCACACCCUCUCUCAAAGAACCCAAAUCCCUCUCCAUGUUUACAAACACCCAACAGCCAUCCUUUUAGAACUCUCAACUUCCAUCAAAGAAGUCUACCAAAUCCUUCCCCAUAUCAUCAAAUCCAAUCUCUACUCCCAACAUUUAUUCCAAACCAAACUCCUUAGCCUUUUCUGCAAUCACGGCUGCAUUCCCGAAGCCGCCUGUGUUUUCGAACCCAUUGAAGAUAAACUCGACGUUCUUUAUUACACUUUGCUUAAAGGGUAUGCCAAGCACUCAUCAUUGAACCAGGCUUUAUCGUUUUUUGUUAGAAUGAAGGUUGAUAAUGUUAAGCCUGUUGUUUAUAACUUUACUUACUUGUUGAAAGUUUGUGGUGAUAAUGGGGAGCUUAGAAGGGGUAAGGAGAUUCAUGGGCAGCUGAUAAAAAAUGGGUUUUCUUCGAAUGUCUUUGCAAUGACUGGAGUUGUUAAUUUGUACUCAAAAUGUAGACAAAUUGACGAAGCUUACAAGACGUUUGAUAGAACGCCUGAGAGAGAUUUGGUUUCGUGGAAUACGAUUAUUUCUGGCUUUGCACAAAAUGGUUUGGCUAAACUUGCUUUAGGGUUAGUUGUUAGGAUGCAAGAGGAAGGACAAAGGCCUGAUUCGAUUACGCUAGUUUCGGUUUUGCCUGCUGUGGCCGAUAUGGGGUUGGUUAAAAUAGGAAAGGCGGUUCACGGUUAUGUUAUAAGAGCUGGUUUGGAAGUGCUUGUGAAUGUGAACACUGCAUUGCUUGAUAUGUAUUCGAAAUGUGGGUUUGUUGGUAUUGGGAGGUUGGUUUUUGAUGGGAUGAAACAGAGGACUGCCGUGUCGUGGAAUUCAAUGAUUGAUGGUUAUGUUCAAAGUGGAAAUGCUGAGGAAGCGAUGGUUGUUUUUCAGAAGAUGUUGGAUGAAAGAGUGGAACCGACUGAUGUUACUAUAAUGGGGGCUGCUCAUGCUUGUGCUGAUUUGGGUGAUCUUGAUCGCGGAAUGUUUGUUCAUAAGGUAUCAGAUCAGUUGAAACUUGGUUCCAAUGUUUCUGUUAUGAACUCUUUGAUUUCUAUGUACUCCAAAUGUAAGAGAGUUGACAUUGCUGCAGAUAUUUUCAAAAAAUUGCAUGGUAAAACCCUUGUUUCUUGGAAUGCUAUGAUUUUAGGCUUUGCUCAAAAUGGGCGCAGUAAUGAUGCUUUAAACUACUUUUACGAGAUGCAUUCUCGAAAUAUACGACCGGAUACAUUUACAAUGGUGAGUGUGAUUCCUGCUCUGGCAGACUUAUCAGUUACACGCCAGGCAAAGUGGAUUCAUGGAUUUUGUAUAAGAAGUUGUUUGGAUGCUGAUGUUUUUGCGAUGACUGCACUGGUUGACAUGUAUGCAAAAUGUGGAGCAAUUCACACUGCCAGGAAGCUUUUUGAUAUGAUGAACGAGCAGCAUGUGACUACAUGGAAUGCUAUGAUAGAUGGUUAUGGAACACACGGGCUUGGAAAAGCUGCUUUAGAAUUGUUUAACGAAAUGCAAAAGGGCUCCAUUAAGCCAAAUGAUGUGACAUUUCUAUGUGUUCUCUCUGCUUGCAGCCACUCAGGUAUGGUGGACGAGGGGCUCUGCUAUUUUAACAGCAUGAAAAAAGAUUAUGGCAUUGAACCUGCUAUGGACCACUAUGGAGCCAUGGUUGACCUUCUUGGUCGAGCUGGUCGGCUAGACGAAGCAUGGAAUUUCAUUCAAAAGAUGACUAUUGAACCAGGGAUUAAUGUCUAUGGUGCCAUGUUGGGUGCUUGCAAAAUUCAUAAAAAUGUUGAGUUAGGUGAGAAGGCAGCAAACAAAUUGUUUGCAUUAAAUCCAGAUGAAGGUGGGUACCACGUACUGCUUGCUAACAUAUAUGCAAUGGCUUCAAUGUGGGGCAAAGUGGCUAAAGUUAGAACUUUGAUGAAGAAGAAAGGGCUUCAGAAAACACCUGGCUGCAGUGUAGUAGAGUUGAGGAAUGAAGUUCACAGUUUCUAUUCUGGAACCACAAACCAUCCUCAGUCCAAAAAGAUCUAUGCUUUCCUUGAGGAGCUGGGAGAUAAGAUCAAAGCUGCAGGUUAUGUGCCUGACACAAGUUCGAUUCAUGAUGUAGAAGAUGAUGUUAAAGAGCAGUUAAACAGUACCCAUAGUGAGAGGCUAGCUAUUGCAUUUGGGCUUUUGAAUACCAGCCAAGGCACACCCAUACAUAUUAGAAAAAACCUGAGAGUUUGUGGUGACUGUCAUAAUGCAACUAAAUACAUUUCACUUGUGACUGGACGAGAAAUCAUAGUGCGAGAUAUGCACCGGUUCCACCACUUCAAGAAUGGAACCUGUUCUUGUGGAGAUUAUUGGUGAAUUGUCUUUGUAUGAGUCUUAAUUCUUAAGAGCUGUUUAUUGGUGAAAUUAUCUUUUUAUGAGUCUUCAUUCUCGAGCGGUAAUGCACAGGUUAUUAUUGGAAUCAGAAAUUUCUGAGGAAUAAGGCCCUGAACAUGGCAAUAAUGAGAUUUCUGAUGAAAUUUUCUUAGUUCAUCUCAUAUUGAGUGUGAAGUCUGAAUUAAAGGUUCCAAACUAGAAGAAACAAGAGGUUUGGAAAGCCAUGCCGUAUCUGCUUAAUGGAGCAACAUCUCAUGUUUUAGUCAUCUCCUGUCUAUAACUUGUUCUUACUAUACCACUUUAUGCUUGACUCUUUAAUUUGGAAAAAGAAACUCCUUCAAUUCAAUCUAACUAUAAUUGUAUUAUCCCCUUUCUUUUCAAUAGUGGAAAAGUUUUUUUAAUUACUUUUAUGAGAGAAAUUAUUUUCAUUUUACAUCCAUGAUUUUGUAUGUAUUAAUGAAAUGUGGAACAAUAAAAUUUAUUAGUCAUUCUAUGAAUUUGCCUUUGAGUUCCAAAUUAAUUUGAUUGAUAAAGUAUAGCCUUUCUUACAGGUUCUUUUGCACAGUGCCUACAAGCCCUUGAUUUUUCACUCUUAUUCCAUAAUUACUAGCAGAUGCAGGCAGAAAGUUUUCUAGGUGCUCAAUCUGGUUUAGUCACAUAUUGGCAGACCAAUUGCGAAGUUUUGAAGCUGCUAUCAAAAUUGCAGGUUGGGAGUGGGACUGUACUAAGUGCCAAGGAUGCCAAAACAGCCAUUGAUGCUGGACCCAAGUUUCUUAUGAGUCUUGCUACAGCAAAGGUAUAUGCUAAGAAUUCUAAGACUGUAUCUGUAUUUGUAUUCAUCUUUUGGAAACUGACAGAGAUCAGUCUUGAAGCUUAUUAAUGUAGAACAAGGGAGGAAAUAUAGGUUGGAGAUGAAACUAGAGAGAAAGGGGAUAAAAAUAGAAUAAUUUAGGGAGAAGUAGACAAGUAAUUAUGUAAGUUAUCUAUCGUGAAUUGGGAAUAAGGAUUGAAGAUGUGACUUAUUA